AUGCGUUUGGGAUGCGGCCGCCGAAAUUUCGCCAUCGUAAACCCAGCAUCGGGAAUCCUGGUUGUUUGCACUUGUUUUUAAACAGAUGUUUAGUUAGUUUUAAACCCACGUGACAUGUUAUGUCGCGAAAUAUUGGGCAGAAAUGGAUUUGGAAGAAGCUUUUCAACUGGUCGGGGAAUUCGGUGGACACCAGAAACGUAUGGUUGCUGUGCUGAUACUGCUGCAGAUCUACAUGGCGUGUCAGUGCAUGCUCAUCGUUCUUGUCGGCGCCAUUCCUGAGAACCAGGUCGAGGUCGUCACGCAGGGAGGAGGAGAUUCCACGCAGUCUGUGACGUUCAAGGACGACGUCAGCACCAUUGUGACGGAGGUGAGAGACCGCUGGUGUGAAGCAGGUUUAUGCAGGAAGAAGUGGUACCUGGUCAAGCAGGAGGCGUACAAAGUGAGCCUGGCAGGAUCGCUGUUUUUUGUCGGCGUGCUUGUUGGGAACGUGCUGUUCGGACCGCUGUCUGAUAAAAUCGGCAGGAAACCCAUCUUCCUCAUGAGCCUGUUCUUCGAAUUGCUCUUUGCCUAUGGCAGCGCACUGGCCCCCAGUUACGAGCUCUUCGCUCUGUCUCGACUGAUGGUGGGGAUGAUGAACGGAGGGAUGGCGCUCGUCUGCUUCAUCCUCUCUCAGGAGUAUGUGGGUAAAGCCUACUGGGCUCUGACAGGCACGAUAACCAACAUGAUGUUUGCAGUGGGCAUCGCUCUGUUCGCUCUUCUCGGCUACUACAUCAGGUCCUGGAGAAACCUGGCUGUGGCAGCUAACAGCCCCGGUGUGCUGCUCUUUCUCUUCUGCAUCGUGUUGCCCGAGUCUCCACGCUGGCUGUACUCUCAGGGCCGGACGGUGCAGGCGGAGAAAGUGCUGCAGGAUUUCGCUUAUCGGAACGGAAAAGGAAACGUGACUCUGAAGCUGCGGAAAACCCCGGGCGCAACGGGAACAGAGACGUCCAACGCUGGACUGCUGCAGCUGGUCAGACACCGUGUGCUGCGCUGCAGGACUAUCGUCCUCAUGUAUGUCUGGUAUGCGUGCAGUCUGGUGUAUUAUGGACUGACGAUGAAUGCGAGUGAUGAUAAAGGCAGCCUUUUCCUCACAGUGGCCAUGUAUGGCCUGGUGGAGCUUCCAGCCUACCCACUGUGCAUAUACUUCAUCAAUAAGUCCUGGUCAGGGAGACGAAAGUCUUUAGCCAGUUUUCUUAUCCUCGCCGGUCUGUGCUGUCUUCUCUCAGUGGUGGUCCCUGUUCAGCCUGGGUCUGUGGUCAGUGGCAGCUCUUUUGCUCUUUUGGGGAAGCUGAUGGUCAGCGCUGCCUUUAAUAUUGUCUAUGUGUACACAUCAGAACUUUACCCCACUGUUAUCAGGAACGCAGGGCUGGGUGUGUGCUCCAUGUCUUGUAGGGUUGGAGGUAUUUUGGCUCCUUUUGUACCCAGUAUGAAAGUGCUGCACGCGUCCAUGCCGUUCAUGGUGUUUUGCCUGACUGGUGUGUCAGCCGGAGCCAUGGGACUCCUCCUCCCAGAAACACUCAACAAGCCAGUGGCUGAGACUCUGGAGGAACUCUCCGCCCCCGUUUACCACCGAAUCCUAGACACACAGGUUCAUCUGCUGGCGGAUGAGCAGUUGUCGAAACGCAGAGGAUCUGAAAGCGAAUGAUACACACGUACACACACACACACAUGCACACACUUGCGCACACAGAGGCAUGGACAAAUACAACGAAGGCCUCUCAUUCAUGUAUAUCAUGCCAAAUCGAAUCAUACUGUGCCAACACACGGAAACUGUGUGUGUUUGUGUAUGUCUGCAUGCACUUUGUGCCUUCUUUUAAACCAGUACCGAAGGGAUCAUGAGAACAAGUUGAUCUGCGCUCCGGCAGAUGAGGACAUGACCCCCGUCUAAAUAAUUCUUCAUUCCGUGUCACAUAUUCGCCAUUAAUGCUGCUGCUAAUGAAUAAUUUCUGUCUGAUAUCUGUGCACCGCAGUCAUCGCUGUUAUUUCACAAAAACAAUUUACACGAUCUACAAGCAGUGUGAUAGAUGUGUUUCAGAAAACACUGCAACAUUAAUAUGCUACACAUGACCUGUAAUACAGAAUUGUGAAAUAUUUAUAAAUGCAACAAUUGUCAAUUGUGACGGAUGUAGAGUUAUGAACCUGUAUAGCUGUAUAUGUUAAAUAUAUCUGGUAAAUAUGUUAAAUAUAUUUCUCUGGACUGGGAGGGGGGAUAAUUUAAAAAUAAAAUAAUUGGCAAAUGAAAAGAGAAUUGAUUAUUAAAAAGGAAGUAAGCUAUUUUGUUAACGAUUUUAUAGAUACGUCUGCUAAAAACAUUUAUUAAUAUUUUCUACAUACACCGAUCAGGCAUAACAUUAUGACCACCUGCCUAAUAUUGUGUUGGUCCUCCUUUUGCUGCCAAAACAGCCCUGACCCGUCCUGCACUGUGUAUCCUGACCCCUUUCUAUCAGAACCAGCAUUAACUUCUUCAGCAGUUUGAGCAACAGUAGCUCGUCUGUUGGAUCGGAUCACACGGGCCAGCCUUCACUCCCCACGUGCAUCAAUGAGCCUUGACCGGCCAUGACUCUGUUGCCGGUUCACCACUGUUCCUUCCUUGGACCACUUUUGAUAGAUACUGACCACUGCAGACCGGGAACACCCCACAAGAGCUGCAGUUUUGGAGAUGCUCUGAUCCAGUGGUCUAGCCAUCACAAUUUGGCCCUUCAUCAAACUCGCUCAAAUCCUUACGCUUGUCCAUUUUUCCUGCUUCUAACAUCAACUUUGAGGAAAAAAAUGUUGACUUGCUGCCUAAUAUAUCCCACCCACUAACAGGUGCCAUGAUGGUUAUGUCUUAUGACUCAUGGUUAUGAAUGUUAUGCCUGAUCGGUGUAUAUACUGCAUCAGUAUGUACUCCGUACUAUGUACUCAUACUUACAAUAUAUAGCAUGUAGUAUACAAAUGAGUAAAAUUGGGUUGCUGAGGUCCCCAAAUAUAUUUUAUAUUUCUUACAAUAUUGUUGACAGUAAUUACAUCUUUUUAGUGUUAGUCAGUGGUACUGCUACAGUACCUCGCUUGUUCACCUUGUGUGUUUGCAUUGCAGGUUUUGUUCCACUUCAUGAAAUCAUGCCAGUAGAUGGACUGGCUAUGCUAGAUUGUCCCUAUUUGACAACUUGGAAUGAAUUGUCUCACCUUGCACUCCCUGAUCCUGAGAUAAAUAUCCGGACCCACCGUGACCAGUACUGUAGUACUGCAUAUGUGGCAUUGGGGGCAAACUUGUAGAAUGUUACUGGAAAACUCAUCAAAGUUGUGAUUUCCAGCCGGUAAUGUACUUUGUGAAGACACAUAAAUAUAUGGGUGUGACUUAUGUGGUUUCAGGAACUAUGCUGAGUAAAUGUGAACAACUAAAGGGUAUUCCUCAGCACUCCGUAUUUCUGAAUACUGCCUUCCAGUUACAUUUUUUGUUUUAAGUCAGACACAAUGCUGGCACAAGUCGUAUGAUUAGAUAAUAUCUUCUGUGUAUUUGUACACGAUGAAACCCACAAGCCAGGCAAUCCUUCCUGGACUCUCCAUACAUAGGGAAUGUGCCACACUAGGUUUUUAAAUGAUUUCACUGUAGAAACCCUUAUGAAAAAUAAGUGCACUUUAGUAUACGUGUACUUAUUGUGCAAAUAAUAUACUUUAAAAGAACACACGUAAUUGUGAAUUAAAUGUAAUGUUUUCGCCUCUUAAGUGCAUUUUAUUUGUAAUUAAUUUCAAAUGAAUCACAGUUCAAAUUUAUAUUAAAUGCAAUUAGUUGAACUUUUGAGUGUUUUUUUUUUUUUUUAAACCACUUAAUUGGGACUUUAGUACAUGUUUAUAUGUAAAUUUCAUAAUUGCUUCUAAUGGCUUUAAAAUAUAUUUAAAGUGCACUGUUUAAUGUACUGACAAGCAAUUAACAAGAACUAAAAUAUACUUUAACGUUAGGUAAUAAUACGCUUAAGUGUGAAUCGAAUGUAAUGUUUUCGACGAGCUACAUGCAUAUUA